UUUGAAGUCAACAAUUCAUUUCUAUUGAGAAUUAAUUAAUAAUUUAUUAAACAUUAAAGUAAACAUUAGUUUAAAAUAUCGGCUAAAAUGUCUAAAAGGCUGCCAUUCUUGAGAUCUUGUCUUGAGGAAUGUGAUCCACCAAUUAAAACAGAGGUUAAAGGUGUGAUCCCAGUGUGGCUGAAGGGCACUCUUUUACGCAAUGGUCCCGGUCUUCAAGAAGUGGGAACCGAUAAAUACAAUCAUAUGUUCGACGGCUUAGCGCUUAUG